AUGGCUUCCAGUGCAGCGUACUUUGCGCGGGGCGGAACCCCGUUUCUGGGCGCAGGUGUGGAAUGGGCCUCUAAUCUGGACUUCUUUCAAUGCGCAUUCCUCUCCGCGUCUGUGUUGGGAAUCCUCCUGGCGUUCUUCAACGACGAAGUGAGUUCGGGAUCCCUCCGGUGGAGCUGGAUCGCCACUCAGCUGCUGCCGAUCACUCCCUUCUCCUCCCACGUCGUCUACAAAGACGUCGAGAGCGCGCUCGCCAAGGCGGCCAAGCACAAAGCGGGGAGCAAACGCGUCCUCGAGGAGUUCCUCGCCGCCCUCCACGAUGGAACCGUCAUGGUUCUCCUUUCCAAGUGGUCGGAGCGCGCCUUACAGCGCCUCGCGUUCUACUGGCGAGCGUUGAUGAUCAAGUACACCGCCAAGAGCCGGCGCCAAUUCUUCUACCAAAUGCAGAAAGUCCAGCUCAACCUCGAAAUCAGACCCGACGAGACAGAAAUGGAGUCCUACAACGACGCCAAACGUUACAUGAAAUCCAAAGACCUUUGGCCCUUUGCCUACGAAGUCUCCAACGUCAAAGACACACAAAUCGUUUGUGAAGGCGUUCGCGCCUACCCGAUGAGUUCCUACAGCUACCUCGACUUCGUCAGAGAGCCUCUCGUUCAAGAAGCUGCGUUGGCGGCGGGCCGAACGUGGUCGACCGGGAAUCACGGAGCCCGAAUGUUGGGGGGGAACAUGCGCAUUUUGCGUGACUUGGAGAAGAUGGUCGGCCGUUUCUUCGGCCGCGAAGACUCGCUGUUGUGUGCGACGGGCUUCCUGGCGACGAUGAGUUCGAUCUGCGCUGUGGCGAAGGAGGGCGAUUUGCUGGUGGGCGACAGCCGCGUGCACGCAAGCUUACGGUCCGGGAUGAAGCUGUCUGGCGCCAAGGAGUUGACUUUUCGCCACAACAACUGGCACCAUCUGCAGCAGACGCUGGCGAAGCACCGCAGAAAGUACCAGAACUGCUGGAUCAUCAUCGAGUCGGUGUACUCGAUGGACGGCGACAUCGCCGAUCUGCCGAUCGUGCGCCGCCUGGCCGACCAGUACAACUGCCGCAUUCUCCUCGACGAGGCACACGGUCUCGGGGUGCUCGGAAAAACUGGUCGCGGACUCGAGGAGCACUUCAAUAUGCCCGGCGCGGCGGAUGUGAUUGUCGGAACCUUCAGCAAGUCGAUUGGUGGCAUCGGCGGCUACAUCACCGGCGACAAAGACCUCGUCGAGUUUCUCGACUUCCACGCCCCCGGCAGCGUCUUCUCCGCGCCGCUCACUGCUUACUCCGCAGGCGGUGCCAUGAUGGCCUUUGAGCUUAUGCAAGGCGAGCAGAGCUGGCGCAUUGCGAAGGCCCAGGAGAACGCAAAGUACCUCAGACACGCACUGCAAACCGGCAUGGGUCUGUGGCCGAAAGACUACCCCGCAGAACGAAAGUACGAGCUGGAGGGGAUGGCGUGCACGACAGUCAUCCCCGUUGUUUUCCCCAACGACGGCGACCGCGUUUUCCGCGUCACCCAGGCCAUGCUCAAGCGCGGUUGGAUGGUUGCGGCUGCAGCCUACCCUGCUUGCCCCUUGGCCCGCCCCCGAAUCCGCGUCACUGCCACCGCGGCAUACACCCAAAAAAUGAUGGACGAAUUCGUGAAAAGCCUCGUCGAAACCACUGUCGAGUGCCCGCCUACUGACACACUCCGAUGA